AUGUCAGCCUGGCGAGUCUUGGCACUUCUGAAAUUGGCAGCCGUGUCCGCCGCUUUGCGACAUGGCAGUGUGCUUGUUGGUCAAGCAGGAAAGCAGCAGCCAGCUUGGCAGACGGGGCGCGACCUGACACGGUUGAACGUGUCCCAGCCGCAAUCGGCCUCGAUGGUGGACAUCGGGAAGGCAGAUGUUGCUCGAUUGCAGCAUUCUGCGGAUCCGGCCGGCCGUCUGAGUCUAGUGGAAACUGCUUUCUGGGCAGCGAAAGGCACCCUGAUGCGAAGGUUUGCCGAUGAAGCCAUGCCGCGGUAUCUCCAACAUUUCGGCACCCCCAGCGACAGGCGUGAGUACAUGUUCGCAAUGGGGCUCCGCUGGAUGGUUGAAAACCCUCGUCAAACUGCUACCGCCGCCGUUGCGGUGGUCGCUGGAAGCACUGCAUUCGCCUACUACUACCACUCAAGGAGAGUCAGGGCGAGGGCUCUCAAGCAAGCACGCCAAGACAUGGAGAAGCUGUCGACACAGGAGGCAGUCUUGACUGCGGAGAAGGCGGAGCGGCAACGUUUGGAAGACGAGGCCCUGUGGUCAGCCCAGGCAUUGAUACUCGCUGCGGCUGUGCGAGGAGACUGCGAAGUGCGGUGGUGGAGGUCGAAGGCUCGCCUGUCAGAGAAGGAGCUCGUUCGGUAUUUGCGCCGCCCACAAGAAUCAAUGCAGGCCUGCGCCACGAAGGGGCCAAUGCUGGCCAGGUGCUUCGAGAGAUCCGUGCAGCAGCUGUCCUGGACUCGUGUUGAGGAGCUUGUGCCCCAACUAAGUCUUCUCGGCAUCCAGUGGGACAACUACACCGCGUUGGCAGAGUGA